AUGGAGCAAGAAACUCAAUUACAGCAAGUACCCAACUUUAGAGACGUUGGCAAAACCGUCAACCAGUUUCUAGGAGAGAGACGCAUUCGCGAGGGCCUCUUUUACCGCUCCGGAAGGCUAGACGAUGCCACCGCUGCGGACAAGAACUUCAUCCGAGAUGAGCUUGAGAUGAAGACUGUCAUUGAUUUGAGGACAAAAACAGAGAUUCUCAAACAAAUCAAGAAGCACCAGCUUGAAUCCGGCCACUCUUCCGCCUCGUCUCUCCAGAUACAAGGUUUAAACUAUCACGGAAUCAAAAUCAACGGCAAAUCAUUCGAGAGACAUCUAUUAGGCUUGCUAUCAUGGUGGGAUUUCUUCAAGGUCAUCUUUUUCUUCGUCCUCGGAUACCGCAUAGACGCCGUUAGGGUACUUAGCCAUCAAGUCAUGCUGCCCCGUGGGCUUGUCGGCCUUGGCCUUGACACGCUCGAUUACUGUGGCUCUGAGAUACGAGAAGCCCUCUCGUUAUAUACUACUCCUCAGUCGCUUCCCUCCGUCGUACAUUGUACACAGGGAAAAGAUCGUACUGGGCUCAUAUGUGCUUUGGUACUGAUGAUACUGAAGAUCCCUAGAGCGGCCAUAGAGCACGACUACUUUCUGACUGACGCUGCUCUUGUGCCCAGCCGGCCUCAGAUGCUUGUAGAAAUCCAUGAGAUUGGCCUGACGGAUGAGUGGGCGGGUACCGCAAACGACAUGAUUUCCUCGAUUGAAUUUCACAUCAAAGCCAAAUACGGAAGCUUAGAGGGCUACCUUGACUCCAUUGGGUUUGGCCAAGAUCAGCGAGCUAUGAUCCAAGAGACUUUACUCUAUUAAGAGAAAAUGAGAGUGUGAGAGCCCCAUCACGAUAGGCUUUGGCAUCGGGAUGUAGGAAGAGCAAGCGCUUGCGUCAAGUCUAGAGUUCUAUUCCUUUCUAAACCGCCCCUGCAACCAGCAGCGAUACAUCUUGAUCUUCUCAGCUCUAUUAACGAGCAGCCGUCUAUCAACGCCGAGCUUCUCAAUCGUAAAUCGUGGCACGUCAGCCUCGUCCGACUUUUCAGUAGCGUCCGGUCCAGACCAGAUGUUUGCGAGUUCAUCCCUGUCAAAGAAAUACACACGGGUGCCGUCUCCACGGAUGUAAAAAUUUUCUUCCAGGUAUCGUCCUUUUCGAAAGCGUACCUGGGCUAGAUCACCUCUUCCAUAGUCCCGGAAGCAGACCAGACCUCCAGGCUUCAGAGCUUUAUAAAUGUUCCGCACUGCCUGUGCCCAUUCGCGGGGAGACAAGGCAGAAAAUACGAAAAUCAUUAUGGCCACGUCUACAGUUCCUUCUUCAACGUCAGGCGGGAGGCUCUCUCCAGAAACAUCCCAGACGUCGGCUUGGAUGUGUUUGGUAUCAUAGGCGUCGUGAUUGCGCAUGACUUCUACGGCUUGUUUAGAAAAAUCGCAGGCAUGGAUUUUCAGGUGGGGAUUCUUAUUGUUGGCCAGCACUGGGAAAGCAGUAUUACCCGCUCCCGCACCAACCUCCAAGAUGAGCGUUGGGCCAGAGUCCUCUUUGGUUACAUCUGCCAAUAUGGGAAACUCCUGCUGCAGCCACUUGCGGUCUUUGAAGAAAUUGGACGUGUUGUUUUUAUAGAAUUUGUUCCACCACAUGGCUGG